UCCCUUCGACUCGAGUCCCACCCCAGCUGUGGGAGGCAAAACUGGGCACUUCUGUUUCAUAGAUCGGGGUUCUGAGCCUUAGAGACCCCACAGGCAGGCAGGUGCAGAGCUGGGCCUCCCAACUCAGGAGUUCCGCCUUUCAGGUUUUCCAUUCGAUACAGAGAUUUAUCCCAGGAGGAUCGCAAGACAAAUUAAUAGGGGGUGCUCAGAGAUGGUGGGAUGCCCUGCCUCUGCCUCUUUUUCUCUCUCCAGCCCGGGCGCUGUCCCUCUGUCUCUAUCUCUUCCUCCAUCUUGGUCUCUCUGUAAUCUCUUAGGAUCACUUCCCGCCUCUCCCUCACUCUUCCUCUCCCCAUCUCUUGGGCUCAACGCCCUUCUCUGCCUGUUUCCUCCCUUCUUAGUGCUCCAGUCUGUCUUGGUUUCAGGCUGGCUCCUUGCCUCUGCACCUUUCUUUCAGAGUCUUUCUCUUUUCCUUAUUUAUUUAUUUAUUUAUUUAUUUAUUUAUUUAUUUAAGCUCUUUGCCCAGUGUGGGCUCGCACUCGCCACGCUGCGAUCAAGGGUCACAUGCUCUACUGACUGAGCCAGCCAGGUGCCCCUCAGCUUCUUUUUCUUUUUGUCCCUUUGUCUCUCUCUCUGACUCUGUGUCUCUGUGUCUGCCAGCGCAUCUCCCCCCUUGCCCACUCGUCUCUCCCUGUCUCUUUGCCCCUCUCUCUCUGACUCUCUUGGUCCCCCUCCCCACAGGCUGAAGGACCGGGGCCACAGCAGGCCACAGCCCCAAACUGCAGAUCCCUAGGAGGUGGGCCAGCAAGGGACUGGGUGCGGGGUGGGGUGAAAACAGUUUCAGGGACGCCCCCUUCCCAUCCUUCCCUCUUCACCCCCCCCACCCACCCGGUGUUGUGAUGGGAACUGACAUGUCGUGGGCUGCAGCCGCCGCAGGGGAAUCCCUGCCGGAAGGUUUUGCCUGGAGCAGAGGCAUAGCGUGAGUGUGUGAGGGUGUGUGUGAGUGUGGGCAUGUAUGGGGCCUUGUAUGUGCCCGCUGAUGUGAGCGUGGAAGUCUGCCCGCUGUUUGGGAGCUCACCAGAGCCCAGGAUGAAGCCAGGUUCAGAGAAGGACUUCCCAAGACUGGGACGGAGACUGCUGUGUUUUUCUCAGCGCCUCCUAACUUCAGAUUCCCUCUGCCACUCCCAAGGGUGUGUGUGUGGGGGGGGUGGUGGUAGUGGUUCCCCUUAACAUUUACUGGAUACUUACUGGGUGUCAGGCCCUGUGCUCAGUGGCCCCAAUGAAUGAGCUCACUGAACCCUUGCAACAACCCAGCAAAGAUGGUAUGAUUGUCAUCCCGUUGUACAAAUUAGGAAAUUAUGGCCUAGUUAGGGGAAAUCAUUGGUCUGCGGUCACAGAACCAGCUAGUGGGGAGCCAGGACUGAACCUGAGUCUGUUUGAUUUCAGAGCACUUACUCUUAAUAAUAGUGCACACUUCUGUACCUGGCAUAUAUCGGGCCCUCAAUGAUCAUGAUGAGAAUAAUUACCAACACGUAUUGAACACAUUUUAUGUUCCAGGCACGGUUCUAAGUACACUAUGCUCAUUGAUCCAGUUAAUCCUCACAGAGGUAAGGCCUGUUUUUAUCUCCAUUUUACAGAUGAAGAAACCGAGAUUCAGAGAGGUUCAGACACUUGCCCGAGGUCACACAGCUAGUCUCCCGCCCCACUCCUCCUGCCUUCCCUCUGCACCAUGGCUCCGGGCCCCUUCUCCUCGGCGCUCCCCUCGCCGCCACCUGCCGCCCUGCCCUUUCUGCUGCUGCUCUGGGCCGGGGCAUCCCGUGGGCAGCCCUGCCCCGGCCGCUGCAUCUGCCAGAACGUGGCGCCCACGCUGACCAUGCUGUGCGCCAAGACCGGCUUGCUCUUCGUGCCGCCGGCCAUCGACCGGCGCGUGGUGGAGCUGCGGCUCACUGACAACUUCAUCGCGGCCGUCCGCCGCAGAGACUUCGCCAACAUGACCAGCCUGGUGCACCUCACCCUGUCCCGUAACACCAUCGGCCAGGUGGCCGCCGGCGCCUUCGCUGACCUCCGCGCCCUCCGCGCCCUGCACCUCGACAGCAACCGCCUGGCCGAGGUGCGUGGCGACCAGCUCCACGGCUUGGGCAACCUUCGCCACCUGAUCCUCGGCAACAACCAGAUCCGCCGGGUCGAGUCAGCUGCCUUCGACGCCUUCCUGUCCACCGUGGAGGACCUGGAUCUGUCCUACAACAAUCUCGAGGCCCUGCCGUGGGAGGCUGUGGGCCAGAUGGUGAACCUGAACACCCUCACGCUGGACCACAAUCUCAUCGACCAUAUCGCUGAAGGUACCUUUGUGCAGCUGCACAAACUGGUUCGCCUGGACAUGACCUCCAACCGCCUCCAUAAACUGCCCCCCGAUGGGCUCUUCCUGAGGUCCCAAGGUUCGGGGCCGAAGCCGCCCACGCCGCUCACGGUCAGCUUCGGCGGCAACCCUCUGCACUGCAAUUGCGAGCUGUUGUGGCUGCGGCGGCUGACCCGAGAGGACGACCUGGAGACGUGCGCCACCCCGGAGCACCUCACCGACCGCUACUUCUGGUCCAUUCCCGAGGAGGAGUUCUUGUGUGAACCCCCGCUGAUUACACGGCAGGCGGGGGGCCGGGCCCUGGUGGUGGAGGGCCAGGCGGUCAGCCUGCGGUGCCGCGCUGUGGGUGACCCUGAGCCCGUGGUGCAUUGGGUCGCACCCGAUGGGCGGUUGCUGGGGAACUCGAGCCGGACCCGGGUUCGGGGGGAUGGGACACUGGAUGUAACCAUCACCACCUUAAGGGACAGUGGCACCUUCACGUGCAUCGCCUCCAACGCCGCUGGGGAAGCGACGGCCCCCGUGGAGGUGUGCGUGGUACCCCUGCCUCUGAUGGCGCCCCCGCCGGCCGCCCCGCCGCCCCUCACUGAGCCCGGCUCCUCAGACAUCGCCACGCCCGGCCGACCCGGUGCCAACGAAUCGGCCGCUGAGCGCCGGCUCGUGGCGGCCGAGCUCACCUCGAACUCGGUGCUCAUCCGCUGGCCGGCCCAGAGGCCCGUGCCCGGCAUCCGCAUGUACCAGGUCCAGUACAACAGCUCCGCAGAUGACUCCCUUGUCUACAGGAUGAUCCCAUCCACCAGCCAGACCUUCCUGGUGAAUGAUCUGGCAGCAGGCCGCGCCUACGACCUGUGCGUGCUGGCAGUCUACGACGACGGGGCCACUGCACUGCCGGCCACGCGAGUGGUGGGCUGUGUGCAGUUUACCACUGCCGGGGAUCCCGCGCCCUGCCGCCCACUGAGGGCCCAUUUCUUGGGUGGCACCAUGAUCAUCGCCAUUGGGGGCGUCAUCGUCGCCUCGGUCCUCGUCUUCAUCGUUCUGCUCAUGAUCCGCUAUAAGGUCUACGGCGACGGAGAUGGCCGCCGCGUCAAGGGUACCUCCAGGUCGCCUCCGCGGGUCAGCCACGUGUGCUCGCAGACCAACGGCGCAGGCGCAUCGCAGGCCCCGCCCCCGCCGGCGCAAGACCGUUACGAGGCGCUGCGCGAGGUGACGUCCCCAGCUGCUGCCGCUUUGGCGGUCGAGGCGAAGGCCACCGCCGCCGAGAUGGAUUCCACCGAGCCAGAGGCCGUCCUUGGACGCUCCCUGGGCGGCUCAGCCACCUCGCUGUGCCUGCUGCCGUCUGAGGAAAUCUCUGGGGAGGAGUCUCGGGCCACGGCGGGCCCUCGGAGGAGCCGUUCCGGGGCCCUGGGGCCGCCAGCUUCGGCGCCCCCCACUCUAGCUCUGGUUCCUGGGGGGGCCCCGGCCCGGCCGAGGCCGCAGCAGCGCUAUUCGUUCGACGGGGACUACGGGGCACUCUUCCAGAGCCACAGUUACCCGCGCCGCGCCCGGCGGACAAAGCGCCACCGGUCCACGCCGCACCUGGACGGGGCCGGAGGGGGCGCGGCCGGGGAGGACGGAGACCUGGGGCUGGGCUCCGCCAGGGCACGCCUGGCCUUUACCAGCACCGAGUGGAUGCUGGAGAGUACCGUCUGAGCGGCGGGCGGGCGCCGGGACGCCUGGGUGCCGCGGACAAACGCCCAGCCACCCGGACGCUGGGGCAGGACUCGGGGGCGAAAGCACGGCGCCUAGUGGUCAGACUGGAGGGGGAGACGCGCCCUUCUCCUCCCUGAAGGGGGCGAGGCUGCCUCGUCUGCAGCUCUUGGCCGCGCCCCCGGGCCCGGGGGAGUUAGGGGGCGGGCAGCCGGGCCCCCCUCCUCCAAGGACUCCUCGUCCCCCUCCUGCCCCUCCCCCCGCGCGCUCGCGGACCUCGCUGGAGCCGGUGCCUUACACAGCGAAGCGCGGGGAGGGGCAGGGCCCCCCCGACACUGCAGCACUGAGACACGAGCCCCCUCCCCCCGCCCGGGACCGGGGCAGGGGCGAGGGGCCCAUUUCUUGUAUCUGGCUGGACUAGAUCCUAUUCUGUCCCGCGGCGGCCUCCAAAGCCCCCACCCCCACCCCAUUCACCUCCCUGGUCCCGUCGGGUCUGGCUUGGGGGUCCCCCUUUCUCUGUUCCCUUCCUCUCUGUCCCGCCCUAUGUCGUCUUUGUCUUAUGUCUCUGUCCUUCCCUAUUUGUCUCUCUCUGUCCCGCCGUCUCUUCUCCCUCCCAUAUCUUGUCCAGUCUCCCUCUCUCUCCUGAUUACCUCUUCCCACUACACACUCUCCCGGGCAGGUCCCACUGGAAGGACCAGAGUCUCCCCUAUCCCUUCCUCUUUCCCCAAAUAACCCCCCACAUGAACAAGAUCCAAAACCAAAUCCUCCCCUCCCUGCCGGAGCCGGGACCCUCCGCCGCAGCAGAAUUAAACUUUUUUCUGUGUCUGA